CAAUUCACAUCCUCUUAACAUUUUACCACCACUCAUGGAUUCUAAAUAUUUUCAUGCAGCCAACCAUAAGGCAUCAGUUCUACUUCUGUUAAUUACUUUCACCGCAGCUGUGGCUGCUGCUGGCAGCGACGAAGGCGGAACUUUGGGAGCUUCGUAUAUCUUCGGCGAUUCAUUGGUUGAUGCCGGAAAUAAUAACUUUUUGCCCACGUUAUCUAAAGCUAAUAUUAAACCUAACGGAAUUGAUUUUCAACCGUCUGGAGGCAAACCGACCGGUCGUUAUACCAACGGUAGAACGAUCGGAGACAUUGUGGGAGAGGAAUUGGGGCAGCAACACUAUGCGGUGCCGUUUCUAGACCCGAAUUCGACGGGACAAGUUAUAUUAUACGGUGUGAAUUACGCGUCUGGUGGCGGAGGGAUUAUGAACGCCACCGGGCAAAUAUUUGUUAACAGAUUAUCAAUGGACAUCCAGAUAGAUUAUUUCAACAUCACUAGAAAACAGAUUGAUAAACUUCUUGGUGCAUCGAAAGCGAGGGAACACGUCAUGAAGAAAUCGAUCUUCUCGAUCACUAUCGGAUCUAACGACUUCCUGAACAACUAUUUGCUUCCUGUUCUCUCGAUUGGAGCUAGGGUUUCACAGAGUCCUGAUGCUUUUGUAGAUGAUCUCAUUAGCCACCUCAGAUCACAGCUUACUAGACUUUAUCAACUGGAUGCACGAAAAUUCAUCAUAGGAAACGUGGGGCCGAUCGGAUGCAUUCCUUAUCAGAGGACGAUUAAUCAACUGAGUGAGAACGAAUGUGUUGCGUUGCCUAAUAAACUCGCGCUUCAAUACAAUGCUAAGUUGAAGGAUUUGGUGGCGGAAUUGAACGAUAAUCUCCCGGGAGCCACUUUUGUUCAUGCCAAUGUAUACGACUUAGUCUUGGAGCUCAUCACGAACUAUGACAAAUACGGAUUUAAAACAGCGAGUAAAGCGUGCUGUGGGAAUGGAGGUCAGUAUGCAGGGAUUAUUCCAUGUGGUCCGACGUCGAGUUUGUGUGAGGACAGAGAUAAACAUGUGUUUUGGGAUCCUUACCACCCUAGUGAAGCUGCAAACGUGAUCAUUGCUAAACAAUUGCUCCAAGGUGACCCAAGAUAUGUGUCUCCUAUGGGUCUCAAGGAACUUCGAGAUCUAGAUCUUUAGGAUAAACACUCAACUGCUGCUGGGUUUUUUUUGUAUUGUGAAUUAUUGUAUGCAUGAUUGGAUAUUGAUUUUAUACGUAUAUGUAAAAUGGAGUAUGUGUUUCCAUGGGAAUAAUCGAAAGAAUUAAUUUGUAAACAA